AUGGCUGAAUCCACGGUGGACAUCAUAUUUGCUGGAGGCGGAACCACAGCGUGUGUUGUCGCUGGCCGCCUGGCCGCAGCGGAUCCGACCUUGAAUAUUCUCAUAAUAGAGGCUGGGAAGCAUUCAGAGAACGUCAAGAACCAUAUCCAGCCCGCAAGAUACUGCAACAACUUUAGGUUGGGUGACUCGUUUACCUUCCAUGUCGCUGAGCCAAGCGCAUCGCUCGAUGGCCGAAAGAGUAUUUUGGCCUCGGGAAAGGCUGUCGGUGGAGGCAGCGCCGUGAAUUACCUCGACGACUGGGAGAAACUCGGAAACACUGGAUGGGGUUCGACAGAUCUUAUUCCCCUCGCUAACAAGGCAGAGGCGUUCCAACCCACCCUUCCCGGGCAUGGCUCAUCUGGACCAAUUUCGGUGACCGCAGUCUCGAGUCUCGAACAAAUAGAGAGUGGGGUGGGAGAACAAUUUCUUGCUGUCGCUGCAGUUCGGGACUCUGAACGCAAGAUCAUCCCUGACUCGAAUAAUCUUUCUGCUUCAACCAUCAACAAUUAUAGUCCGUGGUCACGAUAUGUGUCUCCCCAAACAGGGAAGCGAUCCGACACUGCACACCACUACAUCUAUAACCAGGGACAUAACACCAAGAACAUUCAAAUCUUAACUUGUUGUCGCGUCAAGCGGGUGAUGUUCCGGAACAAGCGGGCUAUAGGUGUUGAGUAUUUCGACCAUCAUUCAGAAACCGUGGACCCGCGAACUGCACUUACAGCAUAUGCAUCGAAACUGGUUGUUCUAUCUAGCGGAGUCUUUGGCUCAUCAGCAAUACUUGAACGUUCGGGCAUCGGUGCAAGACCCGCCCUCGAAGCUCUUGGUAUUCCCGUCAUAGCCGAAUUACCAGGCGUUGGAGAGAACUACAACGACCACGUCUGUUUGCUACCGCCUUAUCGCACCUCCGAUGAUGAAAUCACGUUGGACGAAAUCUUCUAUGGCACAGACCAAGUCAUCAAACCAUACGAAGACCGCUGGCUACAAGAUGGUCAAGGACUAAUGGCGCACAACGGGAACGAAGCAGGCAUAAAAAUCCGACCGAACGAGCAGGAUCUCAGAAUGCUGGGAUCUGAUUUCUCCCCGCGAUGGGAGACGUUCUUCAAAACACACCCAGACAAACCAAUCAUGUGCUUCGCCCCUGCGGCAUACUAUGCUGGUCUCGACUCCGAAGCGCGCCGGCACAAGCACUUCAGCAUGCUUUAUUAUGCAGAUUACCCGGCUUCCGUUGGAUCUACACACAUUCAAUCGACUGACCCGUAUUUCCCACUAUCUGUCAGACCCGGUUAUCUCGAUAAAGCCGAAGACGUGGCUCUACUGCGUUGGGGCUAUAAAUGGACCCGAGAAAUGGCGCGACGUAUGAACUCGUACCGAGGUGAAUUCGCGCCAGACCAUCCACAUUUUCCUGCUGGCAGCCAAGCGACGUGUGGGUUUGCAGAUGGCCCAAUCCCCGUUUUGGGGCCGGACAUCAAAUAUACUGCGGAGGACGACAAAGCUAUUGACGCUUUCCAUCGCGCGCGAGCGCAGACCACCUGGCACGGACUCGGUACUUGUGCCAUGAAACCUCGUGAGCUGGGAGGCGUAGUUGACGCACGACUCUCAGUAUACGGAGUAGAAGGCUUGAAAAUUGCCGAUUUAAGUAUUGCGCCCACAAACGUCAGUACGAACACGUACAGUACCGCCUUGAUGAUUGGAGAAAAGGCGGCGGUCCUCUUUGCUGAAGAACUUGGCAUCUCUGGUGUAUAG